CUGGGCCUCAGCGCGUAGGCGUGGUCUUCAUGGAGCUGCCGUAGAGGUGCUGGCGCGCAAGGAGCGUCCGAGAUGAGCGCCGAGGAGGCCGACCGCUGGGCGUGGCUGCUAGUGCUCAGCUUCGUGUUUGCGUGCAAUGUCCUUAGGAUCCUUCUCCCGUCCUUCUCCUCCUUCAUGUCCAGGGUGCUGCAGAAGGAUGCAGAGCAGGAGUCGCAGAUGAGAGCAGAGAUCCAGGAUAUGAAGCAGGAGCUCUCCACAGUCAACAUGAUGGACGAGUUUGCCAGAUACGCCAGGCUGGAAAGAAAGAUCAACAAGAUGACAGAUAAGCUAAAAACUCAUGUGAAAGCACGGACAGCUCAAUUAGCCAAGAUAAAAUGGGUUGUAAGUGUUGCUUUCUACAUAUUGCAAGCUGCCCUGAUGAUCUCGCUCAUUUGGAAGUACUAUUCUGUCCCUGUGGCUGUUGUGCCGAGUAAGUGGAUAACCCCACUAGACCGCCUGGUAGCCUUUCCUACUAGAGUAGCAGGUGGUGUUGGAAUUACCUGUUGGAUUUUAGUCUGUAACAAAGUUGUGGCUAUCGUGCUUCACCCUUUCAGCUGAAAAGGGAGAUGAAACAGCUGCGAGCCUUUUAAAAAUGGAUUUUCUCUUAGGUUAAAAAUGUGAUUUACACUGUUUUGUUUUUAAGAAACAAAAAUGCACAGGUUAGGUUUUUUGUUGAAUAUGUUUGUUCUUGGACUUUAUGUGGGAAUCU